CCUCCCCCCCCCCCCCCACGCUCGCGCCCACCCUCCGCCCCACUUCCAUCGACACAUUACAACCAUGGCCGCCAAGAAGAAGCACCAAUCGCGCCAUGUGGACCCCCUGCGGUCGCGCCGGGCGCUUGGCGUUGCCGCGCUCAGCAAGAGCCUCAAGCAGCAGACCGCCCGGCGGAAGCAGGACCGCCAGCGGUCGAAGAACAUCACGGCCGCCCUGCGCCAGCAGCACGGCCAGCCUCGCGUGCCGGCGGCCGAGGAUGCCGACGCCCCGGCGCUGGUGCCGCUGGACCGGGCGGCCAUGAAGGCCGCCGCCGUGGCCGCGGCUGCCCAGCUGCCGGCCACCCCGAAGCAGGCGGUUGAGCUGAGCAAGUCCGCCCGGCGGAAGGCGGCCCUGGCCAACCCGCGGGGACUCUACCAGCCGCACCAGUGGAUCCUGCUGGUGGGCGAGGGGAACUUUUCCUUCGCCGCGGCGCUGGCCCAGAACCUGGGCUCCGCGUCGCGCAUGAUCGCCACCACCUACGACGAUGAGGAAACCUGCGCGGCCAAGUACGCCGAUGCCGAGAAGAAUGCCAUGGCCGUGGAUGCGGCCGACGGCACCAUCAUGUUUGGCAUCGACGCGCGCACCAUCGACGUGGUCUUCGGCGGCGAUGAGGGCUUCACCGCGGCCGACGAUUCGGCCUCCGAGGAUGACAGCGCCCCCGGCGGGGGGGCCAAGCCCCAGCGCAAGCGCCAGAAGACCAAGGCCGAGAUCGAGCUGGACAAGGGCCGCCUGCAUGACGAGUCGUCCACUGACGAGGAUGAGGAUGAGGACCAGCAGCAGCAGCAGUACAGCGAGUCUGACCUGGAGGAAGACGUGACCGAGUCCGAGGCCAGCGACGCCGACCCCGAGGCCGAUGGCGAGGACCCCAUGGCCGAAGGCCCGGAGGCCAAGGCCGCCAGCGACGCCGAUGCCGAGGAGGACAGCGACGCCGAUGCCGAGGAGGACAGCGACGAUGGCGACAGUGCUGACGACGACGACGACGACGACGACGACGACGAUGAUGAUGAUGACGAUGAUGAUGAUGAUGACAGCGACAACGAGGCCCUCUACCUGGAGCGGUCGCGCGCGGCGGCCACCGGGCGCAUCCGCUUCGAUGUCAUUGCCUUCCACUUCCCCCAUGUGGGCUUGAGCAUCUCCGACAUCGAUCGCAACAUCGAGGCCAACCAGACCCUGAUCUUUGACUUCCUGAUGUCGGCCGCGCGCCUGCUGUCCCCGGGCGGUGUGGUGCACCUGACCAUCAAGCGCGGCGAGCCGUACGACCGCUGGCGCGUCACCAAGCUGGCCCAGCGGACCGGGGCCUUCACCCUGCGCGAGGCGCGGGAGUUCCUGCCGGAGCACUAUCCGGGCUACUCGCACCGGCGCACGCGCGGCGCCGUGGAUGGCAUCUCCCGCACCGAGAACGAGGAGAUCACCAAGAAGGGCGCCAAGACGUAUGUCUUCCGGCGCCUCAGCGAGCGGGAGAUCAUCGACCGCGCCGAGAACCCGACCGGCACGGCGUCCACCAAGCGCAAGGGCGGCCGCCGUUGACCGGCGUGCUGGGCAGGCGGCCACCCUGCCUCGGUCAUGCCUGCUUGCGAUGGUCCCUCCGUGUCCCCCUGCCUCGCAUCCCUGUGCUUGCUCGUGCCCGCGCCCGCGCACACACAUCCACACCCACACACACGCCCACAAUAGACCCCCUUUGUAUCC